GGGCAUGUGUUUCCAGGGGAACACAGUGAAAGGUCGGAUACUUCCUGUGUUGCUGCUGCUGCGGCUGCUGCCAGGAGCUGAGGGAUGCGAAAGAGGGAGAGCGAAAUGGAGUUUCACUAAAGACAGAAGUAACGGACGGCUUUUCCUACAAACUAAACACAAAUUCAAGAGUGGGUAUCGUGUGUGGACAGCCACAGAGCAACACAGAAGGGAAGGGGGGAAUAUCGCAGCCGGCUCCAAAGAUAUUAUUUUAUUUUCAGGGCUACGCGCUGGAAAUGAAGCUAUUGAAACCAAGUUGGGUCAGUCACAAUGGAAAGCCUAUAUUUUCUGUGGACAUCCAUCCAGAAGGAACCAAGUUUGCUACUGGCGGGCAGGGAGAGGAUUCUGGAAAGGUGGUGAUAUGGAACAUGUCCCCAGUCCUCCGGGAGGAGGAUGAAAAAAAUGAGAACAUUCCCAAGAUGCUUUGCCAGAUGGACAAUCACUUAGCCUGUGUGAACUGUGUGCGCUGGUCCAACAAUGGCGUGUAUCUGGCCUCUGGAGGCGACGACAAGCUGGUGAUGGUGUGGAAGAGGGCAGCGUAUAUUGGACCCAGCACGGUGUUCGGGUCGAGCAGCAAACUGGCGAAUGUGGAGCAGUGGCGGUGUGUGACUAUCUUGAGGAACCAUACAGGGGAUGUGAUGGACGUGGCGUGGUCCCCUCAUGAUGUGUGGCUGGCGUCCUGCAGCGUGGACAACACCAUCGUCAUCUGGAACGCCCGCAAGUUCCCCGAGAUGGUGACCGCGCUGAAGGGCCACACCGGCCUGGUGAAGGGGCUCACCUGGGACCCCGUGGGCAAGUACAUCGCCUCCCAGGCUGACGACCACAGCCUGAAGGUGUGGAGGACCAUGGACUGGCAGCUGGAAACCAACAUAACCAAGCCUUUCAAUGAGUGCGGAGGGACCACUCAUGUCCUGAGGCUCAGCUGGUCUCCAGACGGUCAGUAUCUAGUCUCCGCCCACGCCAUGAACAACUCGGGCCCCACGGCGCAGAUCAUCGAGCGGGAUGGCUGGAAGACCAACAUGGACUUUGUGGGCCACCGCAAGGCUGUGACUGUGGUGAAAUUCAACCCCAAAAUCUUUAAAAAGAAGCAGAAGAACGGGAGCUCUCCCAAACCCAGCUGCCCGUACUGCUGCUGUGCUGUGGGCAGCAAAGACCGCUCCGUCUCCGUCUGGCUCACAUCCCUGAAGCGCCCCCUAGUGGUGAUCCAUGACCUGUUUGAUAAGUCUAUCAUGGAUAUCACAUGGACUCUGAAUGGCCUGGGCAUCCUGGUGUGCUCCAUGGAUGGCACAGUGGCGUUCCUCGAUUUCUCUCAGGACGAGCUGGGGGACCCCCUAAAUGAAGACGAGAAGAACUCCAUUCACCAGAACAUCUAUGGGAAGAGCCUGGCCAUCACCACCGAGCCCCAGCUGUCCACCACCAUCAUCGAGAACCCCGAGAUGCUGAAGUACCAGCAGGACAAGGAGCCGGCCGCCCGGCGCAGUGCCCCCGGCCUGGAGGCGCAAGCAACCAAGCUCACCAGCGUGGUCAACGGGGAGUCCCUGGAGGACAUCCGUAAGGUAGGGCUGUGCCACCCACUGCUGAUUAACGGGGAUUUUUCGCCUGCCCUGUUCAACAGCGUUCCCAUCCUUCCCGGCUCCUCCAUGUCGUCCCAGCUGACCCCCCAGCUCUCCUCUGACUCCAGCACGGCCAACUCGCUGGGCCUGCGCCCCGCCCAGGACCCCCCCUCUGCCCCCCCCGGAAAGCCCCCAGAGGAGCCCAAAGAUGGUGUUAGUGCCUCUGCUCCAGCAGUGAACUCCACCGCCAUGAAGACUAGCCUUCUGUUAACCUCUGCAGCCAAGAUGGAGCCGAUGAAAGCGCUGGAUUCCCGAUUUACUGAGAGGUCAAAGGCCACACCGGGGGUGACAAUCUCCUCUGCCGUUAGUGUAGGCUCGCUGGACAGAGUGAAAGACGUCAGCACUUUAAAGGAUUCCAAAUCCAAGGACGACACCAGCAGCGACAGCGAGGACAAAAUUGCUGCCGUCAAAUCACUGAGCUUCAACAAGCGAAAGGCGGAGCUGGACAGCCCAGAGGUGGUGGAGAAGAAGAAGAAGGGCCGGCCCAGGAAAGACUCUAAAAUGGGCGUACCGGUGACCCAGCAGGCCCUGCUGCAGGCCCCCCCGUCCACAGAGAAGGAGUCUGUGCGUGUGGCGCCCCCUGUGGCCCUCUUUAAGCUGCCCACCCCUACGCCACAGAAGGCCUUCUCCCUGCAGAUCAGCGUUGAGCCCUCGCUGUACAUCGAGGUGGAGAACGAGGUGUCGACGGUGGGCGGGGUUCGGUUCAGCCGGCUGCGCUGCACGCGGGAGGGGCGGGACUGGGACACGCUGCUGGCCAGCCGCAUCCUGACUGCAGCAGGGAGCAGUGAUGUCAUCGCAGUGGCUUGUGAGGACCGCAUGCUGUCGGUGUUCUCUGCCUGUGGGCGGCGGCUCCUCCCAGCGAUCCUGCUGCCGGCGCCCAUGUCUGCGCUCCACUGCUCCGCCUCCUUCGUCAUGGCGCUGACCGCCUGCGCCACGCUGUCCGUCUGGGACGUACAGAAGCAGAGUGUUCUUGUGAAAAAUGAGUCCCUACAGACCAUCCUAUCAGGCACGGACAGCACAGUUUCCCAGUCCCUGCUCACCCCACAGGGCGUGCCUGUGAUCAGCCUGUCUAACGGGAAGUCCUACUGCUUCAGCUCCUCCCUGGAGACCUGGGCCCUGAUAGCAGAUAAGCAGGACCUGCUGGUGCAGUGCGCGGACUACAGAACCUGCCUGCCCUCUCAGGACGCCAUGGUUACCACCGGACCUCUCGCCCUCAUGCAGGGCCGCACUCUGAAUGCAGGCCGUCUUGCCUCCAGACUGAGCUCGGUGCCGCUCCACCUGCAGCAGGGCGUGACUCUGGCGUACCUGGAGAGCCAGCUGGCGUCUGCGCUCGCCCUGCGCUCCAGCGAGGAGUACCGCCAUUGGCUGCUCAUCUACGCCCGCUUCCUGGUCAACGAAGGUCCUGAGCACAGGCUGAGGGAGCUGUGUAAGGACUUGCUGGGCCCGGUGCACAGGUCCACCAGCAGCGCAUGGGACGCCUCUAUUCUGGGCCUGCGGAAGAGGGAGCUGCUGCUGGAGGUGCUCCCGGUCAUCGGGCAGAACCUGCGCUUCCAGAGGCUGUUCACGGAGUACCAGGACCAGCUGGAGCUUCUGCGCAAUAAAUAGCACUUCUGCACCCUGACUCCACCCACUAGCCCUGAUACAGGCCCACUGAGGCUUUGCCCCCUGGACCAGGGGCAUGUGCCCUGCCUCAGAAAAUGGGCCCCCCCCAGCGGGGCCUUCUCUCCAAGGGUAGCACUGUACUGGGGCAGCAUGGGGGGGGUCAUAACGGUGAUAACAGUGAUAGUAGUUGAGAUGAUGAUGCUAAUAAUGAAAAUAAGAAUUAAUGAUGAUGAUGAGGAAAGACAGGAGGGACAGCGCUAUUGGCUGUGGACAGUGUCCGGGGCAGAAGGGGUGCCUGAGGAGCCACGCCCCCAGCAGGAUCUCCCCCGGCAACACGCUGGCGGCCGAUUGGCUCAAACACUAAUGCAGCCCCGCCUCCGCUGGCCUCGCCCAGAAGGCGCUCCGCCUCAGGCCUGGUCAGAGUGCCUGAACUGUCCCGCGGUUCUCUCCCUCAUCCGUUUGUACAGCCUCUUUCUGUUAGUCAUUUUUAAAUGUUUGUACAAGGCAUUUUCUUUUCCAUUUUCUAUAAAAAAACAAAACCACAGCAAGCAAAAACUGAAAUAAAUGAACAAGCUUUGA